AUGAAGUUUGCACGGGAUUUCAGAGACACUUUGGCAAACCAGCACUUCCCUGUUCACUGGGUUGAACAGGCGAUCCCGUACGGUCAAUUGAAGAAAUGCCUGAAAAAGGUACAGAGGGAGCUCCAUGAUCUCGGACUAGAUCCCGAGACCCUCAAGUCGUUGACCGACCCGGAGAACACGUCGCCAGUUGCGCUGAAUUAUCGACUCAACACUACUGGCGAUGGUCACAGUGUGCGGCCAAUACUGACUGUGGACGUGCACUUGAAAGACGGUGUUGUAGUGGAUGCUUCUUUGACCUCGACUUCCCGUAAGUUCCUGGAGAAGCUAGCCGUGGAAGUAGACGCAGCACGACGUCGAGUCUCAAACGAUGACCGAGACAAGGAUGUGUCGGAUGAACCUCACCUGCCGAGUCAGGUCACAGAAAACAAUUCAGCCGCCGAGGAGGUUGCACAGGAGGUUGGCGGACACCAUGAAACGAUAGAGGUGCCCCUCAUCUUCGACAACGAGUUCUUCGACAUUCUGCAAAGCGAUGUGAACAACAUAGAUGCAUUACAGGCCAGCGAGCGGAGGAAUAUGACGAAUGAGAUCCAGGAGCUACGCCAGGAGAUCGGUCAGGUUUCCCAGCCAAGUCGGUUCUCAAAAACCGACCUUGCUCGUUGGCGACAGAUCUUUGAGCUCUAUCUGGACGCGGAAGUCUUCUUUGCGACAAACGAGCAAGAUCACGGGGCAAGAUCCAGCCAAGUAGCUCUCAAGAAGCUACAGUGGUUUCAGCAGGAAGUGGAAACGAGGCAGCUUGCUCGGUUAUUCAAGCUUCGGGCGUCGCAGCAGGCAUUCGCAAGAUUUGUGCAGCUGAACAGCAAUCUCUUGAAGAAUCUUCAAUUUCAAGAGCUGAAUCAGCUCGCCGUUUUGAAGAUCUUGAAAAAAUUUGACAAGAGGACGUCACUUGGUGUAUCCAAGAGGUUCAGGCUCGCAGUGCAGCCGCACAUGCUCAUGACAGGAAGUAUCGGAAAGGACGUUUGCGCUCAGUUGUCCCAAGACUUGGUCACUGUCGUUCCCCAACUGACCGACUACUUAUGUCCAAUCUGUUUCGCAGUGGCAUACCGACCGGUCAGGCUAGAUUGCCAGCACAUAUUUUGUAUACGUUGUGUCGUCCACAUCCAGCGCCGCAGAGAGAGAUACUGCCCACUGUGCAGGGCAGAUGUUGUAAUGCAAGCAUCAGGGUGCAACCUUGACAACGAAUUGGGGAGAUACAUGAGGAAGUAUUUCGCAAAGGAGGUCAAGGAAAAGGAGCGUUCCGAUGACAUUGAGCGAGGGAUGGAGGAGUAUGGUCCGACAUAUAAUCACAAGGAGUGCAUCGUAAUGUAGGUACCGCUCAAUGCAAGUCAAAGCAUCAUCAGACUACCUCGGAUAUCCAUGA